AUGUCUCAAGUCUGUCCCGUCGUCGGAACAACCAACUCGGUUCUUCCCCCCUCCCACCCAGACGUCGACCUCAACGUCCCAGGCCAGACCUGCCCCGUCGUUGGCGCAAAGACAGACCACCACCACAACCUGUCUAAGCAUCCCUCUGUGCCCAUCCCCGCCGAUGCUCAGAACGACACCACCUCAUCCGCCGACGCCCAAAAGUGCCCUGCCCUCAAGAACGCCAUCGAGCAGCCCGAGGCCAAGGCGCUUGACGAUCAAGUCUGCCCUGUCGUCGGCCCUGCCACAACAAUCCUGCCUCCCGACCACCCCUCGACCGAGGGCAAGAGCGAUGAUGCAGAGUGUCCCGUCACAAAGGCCAAGAUUGGCCACCACAAGGGCAAGGUGACGCAGCACCCUGAUGUGAAGGGCGCUGCUGAGGGCGCCGUAUGCCCUGUUGUUGGUGCUAGGGCCUGA